UAAUCUGCUUACCCUACUCUUAUUACUACUACUCCGCUGCCCAAUUCCAAUCCCAAGCUGAAACCCCCUUCCCUUCUCUCAUGGCCUCCUUUCGUAGGCUUCUUCCCCUCUGCUCCUCCAUUAACAGUACGAGCUUUUCAUCAUCUGGACUUCUUCAAGGUUUUCGGAGUUAUGGAGCAAUUGCCACACCAGAUAAAACGUUGUUGAAAUUGGAAGAUGAACACACCAGAGGUGAUGCUCAUUCUGCGUUUCCUGAUGAUGAGAUUGCAAAGAUUCGGCGGGAGUUCGAUGCUGCAAAGCAGAGUUUCCUCAAUAUUCCGCAGGCACUUAAAGAAAUGCCCAAGAUGAAUCCCGAAGGGAUAUAUGUCAAUAAGAACCUGAGAUUGGACAGUAUUCAAGUUUAUGGAUUUGACUAUGACUACACGCUGGCACAUUACUCGUCAGAGUUACAGAACUUGAUAUAUGAUCUUGCUAUGGAGCAUAUGGUCAACGAGUUCCACUAUCCCGAGGUUUGCAUGGAAUUCAAGUACGAUCCAACUUUUCCCAUUAGAGGACUAAGCUAUGACAAGUCUAGAGGGUGUCUCUUAAAGCUGGACUUCUUUGGGUCACUUGAACCAGAUGGAUGCUACUAUGGUCGGCGAAAGCUUAGUAGGACGGAGAUAGAUGAGAUGUAUGGCACAAGGCGCAUUGGUCGUGAUCAAGCAGCUAGUCUUGUUGGGUUAAUGGAUUUCUUCUGCUUUAGCGAGGCAUGCCUCAUUGCAGACAUCGUACAAUAUUUUGUGGAUGCCAGGCUGGAAUUUGAUGCUUGCUACAUCUAUCAAGAUGUAAAUCGUGCCAUUCAGCAUGUUCACCGUACUGGCCUUGUUCAUAGAGGAAUUCUUUCUGAUCCCCAUAAAUAUCUUGUUAAAAAUGGUCAGGUGUUACACUUCCUGAAGAUGCUCAGAGAAAAAGGGAAAAAACUAUUCCUGAUGACUAACUCUCCAUAUUACUUUGUGGAUGGAGGGAUGCGGUUUUUGUUGGAGGAUUCAUUGGGGUGUAAUGGCUCUUGGAGGGAACUUUUUGAUGUUGUGAUAGCCAAAGCCAAUAAGCCAGAUUUUUACACAUCUGAGCAUCCAUUUCGACUUCAUGGCUAUGAGGCACAUGACAUCGUACAAUAUUUUGUGGAUGCCAGGCUGGAAUUUGAUGCUUGCUACAUCUAUCAAGAUGUAAAUCGUGCCAUUCAGCAUGUUCACCGUACUGGCCUUGUUCAUAGAGGAAUUCUUUCUGAUCCCCAUAAAUAUCUUGUUAAAAAUGGUCAGGUGUUACACUUCCUGAAGAUGCUCAGAGAAAAAGGGAAAAAACUAUUCCUGAUGACUAACUCUCCAUAUUACUUUGUGGAUGGAGGGAUGCGGUUUUUGUUGGAGGAUUCAUUGGGGUGUAAUGGCUCUUGGAGGGAACUUUUUGAUGUUGUGAUAGCCAAAGCCAAUAAGCCAGAUUUUUACACAUCUGAGCAUCCAUUUCGUCACUCCCAUUUGCACUCUGACCCAAGCGAGCUUACACAUCAAGACUUCAUGGCUAUGAGGCACAUGGCGAAAUUUCAUAUAUUCCAAGAAUUGCUUGGUAGGUUGCAUUCAACGGUGACUAAUAGUCAGAGAAGUGAGGCCAAGUUACUGUUAGAGGAACUAAAUGAGUGCAGACGUAAGGCAAGCUACAUGAUGAAGGGAAUGUUCAAUACAUCUUUCGGAGCCACCUUCCUAACAGAUAAAGGUCAAGAAUCUGCUUUUGCGUAUCAUAUUCAUCAAUAUGCAGAUGUGUAUACCAGUAAGCCAGAGAAUUUUUUGCUCUAUCCACCUGAAGCUUGGCUUCAUGCACCCUUUGAUGUUAAGAUUAUGCCACAUCAUGUGAAGGUUUCAUCCAGCUUGUUCAAGACUUGAUAUAUACAUCGUCUGAUGACAUGGUCAUGAAUGGCGUAUAAUGCAGAUGUGUUAUGAUCAUCGUGGCAUGAUGGGUAUACUCUAGUACCAUAGUCUGUACACAAGUGCUAUAUCAUUCUUUGGAAGAAUAUGAACAAGAACUUAAUAGGUCACAAGUUCUUCAUAUUGAAGCCAAUAUAUAAAUUCCAGUCCUCUGAUCACAUAGACUUGAAUAAAUAGGUCACUGAAAAUAAACUAAAAGAAAUGAAAAAGAAAAUGGAAAUGAAAGAUAUUAGACUGAUGGAAUAUAAUUCUGGCGAUCAAGGUAUGAUAA